AUGCAUCAGUUUGUUCAUUUUUCUUCAUAUGGCUAUUGUUUUUAUCUAGGUGACAAAGGGGAAAAGGGUUUGCCUGGGAUAGCCGGAGGAAAGGGCAAAGCAGGUACUGUAUGUGAUUGUGGAAGAUACCGGAAAGUUGUGGGACAACUGGACAUUAGUGUUGCUCGGCUUAAGACAUCUAUGAAGUUCAUCAAGAAUGUCAUAGCAGGGAUUAGGGAAACUGAAGAGAAAUUCUACUACAUCGUGCAGGAGGAGAAGAACUACCGGGAAUCCCUGACCCACUGCCGGAUCCGGGGGGGCAUGUUAGCCAUGCCAAAGGACGAGGCUGCCAACACCCUCAUCGCUGACUACGUGGCCAAGAGCGGCUUCUUCCGGGUGUUCAUCGGGGUGAAUGAUCUGGAGAAGGAGGGGCAGUACGUGUUCACGGACAACACUCCACUGCAGAACUACAGCAACUGGAAGGAGGGGGAGCCCAGCGACCCCUUUGGUCACGAGGACUGUGUGGAAAUGCUGAGCUCCGGCAGGUGGAAUGACACCGAGUGCCAUCUUACCAUGUACUUUGUCUGUGAGUUUGUCAAGAAGAAAAAGUAACUUCUCUCAUGCUACCCAUGUGUUGUUUCCCUGUGACUACCGUUGCAGUUAUUUUUAUCCAUCUUUUCUUCCUAAUUACACCUCUUACAUGCGUUCUAAAUCCAGUAGUAAAUCUAAACUGAGGUUUGGAAUCUCCAUCGCCAUGGUCUUCUGUGACGAUUAUGAACAUUUCGUGUAAGGCAUAUUAUUGAACCAAUAGCUCCCCAGGGUCCCAAAAAGAGAGUUUGAAUUGCUUAUGGUGCAGGAGGUGGUUGUCUGUGGCUCAAAUGGAAUGUUCGCUUGGCAUUUGCUCUGCCACCUCUCCUUCAAGCCCUAAAACUCUCCUUUAAGCUUCUUAAGCUCAUGGAUAAUCGGACAGUUGGUUGGUGAUUAGGCUAACCUGCUAAGCUGCCCUUGUUCAAAGCCAGACAUACGGGAAGGCUGCUGUCAGGAAUGCCAAGAUAUUACCUGUCUUUGAGCCCAAGAUCCCCUUUUCUUUGACCAGCAUCUGCCAUGACCAUAGCCACACUCACAAGGUCCUCCUGUUUGCACAGACACAGAAAUACUUCAACCCCAAGCCUCCAUAGGAGGAACUUCUAGCCCAGGGACCUGUCCAGACCAUAUGGAAUCAUACAGACAGCUUUUGUGCUUCUGAUAGACAGUCUUUACUAAGGUACACCAAGCAGCUGCCUUGGAGCCCUUUCUGUAAGCCCACAACUUAAUCACAGGUCCCCAGAUAGUAACUCUCUGAUAUGAGGAAAAGAGAACUUAAGAACUUGAAAUUUUUAAAAAUGAAAGGGUUUGUUCCGAAACAAUAUUAUUUAUAAUUCUACUGCUAAAUGUCCCCUGCUAUUAAUAUGGCUCCAUUUUUUCUUGUCUCAUGUUUAUCCAUAUGAACUUUCCUCCCCUUAGGUAUGGGGAAUGAAGGAAAGGGUUUGUGAAGCCUUCAGAAAAUUCCCAAAGCUUCAAGGUGCUAGCAACGUAAAGUCUCUAAAUCCCCUCUUCCUUGCAUCUAAUAAAUCACGCAUGGUGACGUUUCGUGGAAGGCCCUUUACUCUCCAUAAAUGUAUAAUGUAAGAGAUGCUCUGUCCAGUACUCUGACAUCACAGGAAUAUGUCAGGCAUGGAGUUUGGAACAUACCUAGGACUCACAUAUGCCAAGCUGGUAAAAUUCCACUUUAAACUGCAGAUCAAAACUCAAAGCAGCUUUCAUUUGAAAUCUUAAAAU